CUCCCCCCGAUGUGUUAAAUUAAUUACAGCGCGGUACGCGCAUAGAACCAUACGAGUACGUGUACGCGUGUACGUGCUUAAGUAUAUGUGCGCGCGUAUUCGUGUGCGGCGCGUACCGCGCAAUAUGUAUAUAUAUAUUAUUACAUAUGAUAUGUAUACACAUUAGUUUUUUAAAGUUUAAAUGUGGGUAGCAGAUUUUAAACGGAAAAACAAAAGUAAAAAAACGCAUAGAGAUGCUGAUAUAUAUAUAAUAUAAAUGAAUAACAGAAAAGAAUUAUGCUCUUUUUUCUUCUAUUGUAAAUCUGCGCUACAUACAGAGGCGACAGACAAUGAAGCUGAUGGGUAAUGUUGGGAUGUUUUGUGCGUUUGUUUGUUUGUUUCCUCUUUUAGUUCGAUUAAUUUGAUCAUCGAAAAUUCGUCCAUAAAAAAAUGAAUAUUAUCAUCUGGCGAUAUAAAGUAUUGCUGUUAAGUUCUGUUUGGUUUAUUUCUUUUAUAUGCUUCAAAAGUAUCAAUUAUUAUUCGUUAAAAAUCGCUGAUUCCUGUUUUUGAAUUAAAAAUUCUCAGAAAUAACGGAGGAGACGAAAUUAAUGAGUUGUGUAAAUGAAAAUAAAACGUAUAAACGGAACUCAAUUUUUUAUAUAAUGUUGCUUAGUCUUUCAUAUAUUAUCUUAAGCAUAGUUGAUGAAGAGAUCUUUGAAAAUAAAACAGCUAAUCGUCGUAAUAAAGAGUGCGCAUGAAAAAAUUUUAAAAAUGAGUUUCAAAAUAGUUCAGCAAGCUUCGGACGUUUUACUCCUUGCAAUAAAAUCUUUGAUGUAAUCUCGAUUGGCUGUGAAACAUUAAAAAAAUGUACGAAUAUUUAUAUUGUUAAGUUUGCACAUGAAAAUAAAUCUCGCGUUUUCAAAAGUCAACCAAUCCAAUAAACCAGAAAUAGUAAAACGUCCGAAUCUGAUUAUAUUUGCAUCUCAAUUUUGAUUAAAAGAAUUUUUUGUUAGUCAAUAAGUACUUGGCUUGAUUUGUCACAGUGGGUCUUAAAAGAUUGUACAUGAAGCAUCGAUUAUAAAAAGAAGUUUAAAGAUACAUCUAUUAUUAUUAAAAUAAAAUGUCGUUCGUAACAAAAAAAGGAAACAAAAGGGAGAGAAUGUUAGUUGAUUAUUACAGAUAGUGUCAGAUGUUCAAAAAUCUUGGCGAUAGUUCUUUAUUUUGGCACGCGAUUCACGAUGAUGGAUUUUCAAGCACAAAUAAUUUAAGAUUAUUGAAAUAAAAUAGCUAUCAAUUAUUUUCUUACAUGUGGAUUCGAAUCAACAGUAUUGCUUUGCAAAAAAUUGUAUCGUACUUCUUACAUUUACGAAGUGAUAGUAAAGAAUGUUAAGUUUUUUUUAAAAGUAAGUUUGUAAGUGCGCUUCGAUUUGAUGAAAUCGCCGAAAAAAAGGAUAAAUACACGUGAAUCCGUGCUUGAUUUUUACGAUCUUCAAUACCAUUUAAAAUUGAAAACCAAGCUGAUGCCAAUGACCAAUUCUUUUCUUAAGAUUGAACUAUCGUUAUAAUUAUUUUGAGAAAGUAUAAGUACGAAAUUUGAUUAUUACCUAAUUCCUCGUUGUAUCGAAAACCGUCGUUUUUUGAAAGCAAUGGUUUGCAUUCUAGUAUAAUUACUAUGAAUAUGCGAGAAAAAAAUACAUGAAAGAAAAAUAUUAAAUAAAAGUGCUUUAAGAGGGCAAACGAUUCUCCAGAUAGGACAAAUCGAGAUGAAUUUGUGUUCUCAGAUCUCACGCAUUAAUAUAUGUACGAGAAUAUUAGAUAAUACAUACUAACAGCAUAGCGCUGUAAAUAAUUUUUAAUUUAGCUGUUAUGUAUUUAUUAAUGAAAUCGUGUGCGUACGAAUUUGUUUGUUACGAAUCAGUACGAGCGAUGUAUUUGAUAAUAAUUUCGAUUGUCUAACUUUAUGGAAAACAAUAGAUUUAUGUAAUAGUUUUUAAUUAUAUAAAUUAUUUUUUGUUUUAUUUUUUUUCUACAUUGUUUUAUUUUUUUCCCCCUUCGUGUACGAUAAAAGAAGCUACAUUGUUGAAAAAAAUCAGUAGAGUAAAAAAUCAUUGUUCUUCUCUCUUUCAUAUAGCCACAAUAUUAUUGUAGCCAUCGAUUUCUCAAAUGCAAUAACUGUGUGUAAAAAAAUGUCAAAAAAAGUUAAAGCAUUGUUGUAGCCUGUAGAGUAAUGUGGAUAUAUACAAAAAUGGAGAAAUGACUCCCUUUAUAUAUAAAUAUUAUAUAUAUACUAAUGAUAAGAGGUAACAUUUCAUUAUAGAGACGUGACAUAGCUCCAAUAUUAAAGCAAGUUUUGAACUUGAAAAAUGAUAUUUUUUUUAACAAAAAAAUUGUACUUUUAAGAUUCUUAAAGAAUCGCUUUUAACGAGUUAUCAUUCAUAAAAAAAUUAACACGCACACUUCCGACACAAUUACUUUCAAACCGAUAUAUACCAUCGAGUUGUCCGUUAUCAAAAUUAUCCGAAUAUGCUUGUGUGAUUUGGUUGUGUCGCUUUUAAAGAAUCAUUGAAUCGCACCUGCCUACUCGUUUGUAAAGAGAUACACAAAUUUUCAACCAGAUUCUGAAAUUCAGCAACUUCCAUUGUAAAAAAUAAGCACCAAAACUAAGAACAGAAUUUCGACCAAAUUAUUGUUUACCUGUGUUCAUUAAAGAAAAAAAUAAGUGGAUUAAUCAAAAUUAUUAAUACAAUUGUAAUUAUUAAACAUUUUAACAAGUGAUCGAUAUAAACACGUUAUAAUCACCCAUCGGCCAUUAUGAUUUUUUUCAAUAAUAAAAGUACUUAUAAACGACGAGCAAAAUAUUUACAUAAUAUAAUAAACUGAAGUAAAGGGAAAAAAGUAUGGUUGUAAAUGUAAAACUUUUGAAUUUGAUUAAUUGUAGAAUCAUGUUUGUCGCGAGGUUGCUCGAUGUGUAUAAUUAGGCGAUACAUGUUAUUAAUUGCGAUUCUAAAAGAUGAGGAUAAAAAAAUAAUAAUAUUUAAUAAUAAUAUAAAGAUGUCUGUGAUGCGUGUUUGCGAUUAAAAAAACAACAAAAAAUCCAUUACUAAUUUUGAUUAUGCCCUAAAGCAGAACCAACAUGAUUUCUUACCAAAAAAAAAACAUUCAACACUUGUAGAAAGUUUUAAAGGAUUCCUUGUUGGAAUCCGUUAUAACGCAUAUAAAUAAUAUAUAUGAUUUAAACAUAUCAUUUGUUUUUCGAUUUGGCUGACAUUCUUUAUUGUUUUCCACUUAUAUAAAUAUAUUACAAUACUUUUUUAUUAUUGAGUUAAAAAAAUAAAUAAAUACUUUAUUAAAAAAAAAGUUCAAUAUAAAUAUAUAUUAUAUUGAAUAUAAAUUUAUAAUUCAUUGCAUUCGAUUAUUGCAUUCCUUGAUCCAACACCAACACACAUACACACACACACACACAUCACUGGCAAACACAUAAAAACACGCACUUGUGAUUACCGCGGUGGGAGGUGCAAGAAAUGUCAUAUUUUCGUACGACACACAAAAAAAUACAAUCUCUCACAAGUAAAUCUUUUCGAUCGUCAAUUUCAUUUCAUCGAGACUCCAUUUCUUUUGCAACUUACAAAAAAAGCAACAACAAUUUCUAGCUGAAGCGAAUCUACCCGUUAAUGUUAAGGAUAAAAAUUUAUUUUUUAAUAACGAUGAAAAAAAAAAUACAACAAAAAGUCCUCAAUGAAGAUAAAAACGAACGAUAUUACACAUAAGUAUACCGCACUGUGGAGCUCGAGAGAAAAGUCAUACAUGUAAAAAUUGAAUAAAAAACAAACAAAUAUUAUAGGCAAAAUCAAGGCAGACAGUCCCGACGGAGAUUGAUGUAUUCGAUGCACGAGUAAAGUCGCUGAGCAUAUAAGAUAAUUGUGUGGGAAUAACGAUAAAUAUACAUAAUAAUAAAAUUUAAUUGCAUGGAAAACAGAACAAGUAUAUGAACUUCAAUAAAAUAGACGUCGAUAAUCAAUGUUUUUUCUGUAGAAUAUAUAACAACACCCCACGGUCGAAGCAUUGUCGCAUAAUUUAAUGCAAUCAGCCAUGGCAAUUGUAAUAUUGGAUUUUAACUGUAAUAUAUCCAUGUAAACGAAAUUAUUGAUUUCAAAUAUUUACCUAGCAUAAAAGUAAAUCCAGUUAAUGAUAGAUACAAAAAAAAUAUAUUAUAUAUAAAUAUAUAUGAAAAAUAUAUAAAUGAGAUGAAAUUUUUGGUACAAUAAAACUUAACAAACAAUAAUCCAUUGCUGUUUUGACUAUAUAUCAUUCAAAUUCAUUUUUUUAUGCUUCAGAAAUAAAAAUUGAUUUUUCAUUUUUUUUCAUUUUUGUCUCAUAUAACGCUUCGACUGUGUAUUUUCUGCGAAUAUUAUUAUUUUCUGCAUUUUUAUCGAAAAAAAUCACGCGUACGUAGAUAACGAACGUUGAUUGCAAUGCACCUUUUUUUUUAUCUGGGAUCACUUGUGGAGGAGGGGCUAACCUUGGGUUUGUGUGUUUGUGUCUGUGUGUACCGUGUACCAUCCAUGUAUACUUGAGUACUACACUGCUCAGUACUUCUAUUUAUUUUCAUAUCUGCCGACUGCUGAGAGAUUGUGUGCGACGCGUUGGAAUCUACACUACUUUGCACUUAUCAAUUUGUGCGAAAAUUUCAAUAAAAAAUCAAUUUCUCGAUGAAAGUCAUUGUUUUAGACUUAAUUCUUUUAUAAAUUUCGUAAAUAAUUACAAUUUCAUUCAGUCUUUUUAUUUUCUUACUCAUAUUGGAAGUAUUGGUGGAAAAAUUGUACUGUUGAAUUUUUAAGAAAAAAAUUAUACAACAACAAUCCAUUCAUAAAAAUAUGGAAACAAAACCAAAGGAAACAGUAUUAGUGACUGGAUUCGGUCUGUUUAGAGAUUAUGACGUUAAUGCAAGUUGGGAAGCAGUAAAAUUAUUACCAGAAUUAUUUUCUAAAUCUGAAAUUUCAUCAGAAAUCAACUUGGUUAUUGAGGAAAUACCUGUUGCAUAUCAAACUGUUGACAAAAAAGUUGAAGAGUUAUAUAAAAAACAUAAACCAUCUGUAAUUUUACAUGUGGGUGUAUCAAAUAUGGCAACUUGUUUGACAGUUGAGUGUCAAGCAAACAGUAAAGGCUAUAAUCAUCCGGAUAUAUACAAUGAGUAUCCAAAUGAAUGUGCGGAUCAUAAAAUUUUAAAAACCAAAUGUGACCCUCAUAAAAUUUGUGAAAUUGUUAACAAAAAUUCAACAGAAACAAAUUGCACAGCAUGUACUUCAACCCGAGCAGGCAGAUACUUAUGCGAGUACAUUUACUACAAGUCACUCGAAUUAGAGGAACCUCUCGUUUUGUUUGUUCAUGUUCCAGAACUGAGUAUAUAUUCCAGUGAAAAAACUGCACAAGGAUUACUUGAUGUCCUUAUUCAUUUAAUUGAAUGUGCAAGGUCUCAAAAGAAAGAAUAA